AUGAUUUCUCAAGCUACAUACAUACCAUAUGAUGUUCCGACGCUCAUUGCCGCAGGAAGCACCCUCUUGAUCCUGUAUUAUCUGCUCGGGGAUUACUUCAGUCCUCUACGUGAUGUCAAAAGCCCAAUCCUCACUCGAUAUACUCGUUUGUGGGAGUUGUACAAAAACUGGCAAGGUCAAUUGGAACUUGUGACAGUCGCUCUACACAAACAAUAUGGUCCUAUUGUCCGGUUGGCCCCGAAUCGUUACAGCAUCAGCGACCCGACUGCAAUCCGUACCAUUUAUGGCCCUGGGUCAAAGUUCAGUAAAUCCGAAUUUUACACCCCCUUCGGUGCACCUUCUAUGGGCCACAAGGAUGUCUUUUCGGAGACGAUCAAUGAGAAUCAUGCAAUAGAACGCAAAAAGACCUCCAAUAUGUACGCCAUGAGCUCUUUGGUGUCCUACGAGCCAUUCGUAGACCAAGUUAAUGGCGAAUUCAUGUCUGCUUUGGCCGACCAUGCUCAGCACGGGCGUGUGUUUGAUUUGUUCACCUGGAUGCAAUUUUACGCAUUCGACGUGAUCGGCGAAAUAACGCUGGGGCGAUCAUUCGGCUUGGUCGAAGCCGGUCAUGACAAGGACGGACUUCUGCAUGCUAUUCAUGUCGCGGCGGUAAGUUACGGUUCCAUGGUGGGCCUUGUUCCUGAGAUUCAUCCAUGGUACCUCUGGUUUCAGAGUGUCGUACCUAUUGAAAGUCAUUGGAAGGUCAUGCAACGAGUGGUAAAGAGGGAGAUCGGUGCAAGGAUGAAGGGUGUCACCACCAGCGAUCGAAAGGACUUUCUAGCUAAAUGCAUUGAAUUGAACGAAGCUGGCAAGCUGGAUCACUCCACCAUCAAUAAUGUGAUUGCUGGUAACAUCGGUGCUGGCUCGGACACAACUGGCAUCAGCAUGAGUGCUGUUAUCUACUUUCUCAUGAAGAAUCCGGGUUGCUUACAGAAGCUCCGGGAUGAGAUUGAGACGGCCGCUGAACAAGGAAAUCUUUCGGACCCGGUGACUUUCCAAGAAGGUCAAAAGCUUUCAUAUUUGCAGGCUACCAUUAAAGAGGCCUUGAGACUGCAUGCAGCAGUCGGCCAGAUUCUCAGCAGAGUGGUUCCUGAGGGUGGCGCAGAGAUCGCGGGCAGACAUUUCCCACAAGGUACGGUGGUGGGCGUAAAUGCAUGGGUGAUCCAUAGCGAUGAGAGCAUAUGGGGCAAAGAUGUACACGAGUUUCGACCCGAGCGAUGGUUGGUUGGCAAAGAACAACUCGCGUUCUUAGAUCGUCAUUUCUUAGGGUUUGGUGCCGGUGCAAGAACAUGCAUCGGUAAGAACAUCUCACUCCUCGAAAUGACAAAACUUUUACCACAACUCGUGCGGCGGUUUGACUUCGUCCCUGCGGGCGACAGCCAGUGGACAACUAGUAGUGGGUGGUUUGUCAAGCAAAACAUUAAAGUCAAAGUCAUUGACAUUGCACGGUAA